AUGGGGUUACUAGACGGAGUAGUUAGUUGGAUAAACGGGGUGUUCAACUGGAUCUUCGGUGUUGUUGCUACUCUUGCGCAGACAAAGACUAAUGGCAAAGCGAUAAUUGGUACCCUCGCGGCUCCAUUGCUGCCAUUCUUCCUAAAUGACUGCCCCCUGCCCAACGGAUUCCCCUGGGGGAAACUUACAGUUGGAAACAAUCCCUACAAAGAAUACCCAAACACUGGUGUCAUUCGUUCAUAUGACUGGACUAUCAGCCGGGGAGUCAUUGCGCCAGAUGGCUACGAGCGUGCUGUUCUGCUCGUCAAUGGAGCCUUCCCCGGCCCUACCAUCGAGGCCAACUGGGGCGACACCAUCCAAGUCACUGUACACAACAACAUCACUGGUCCGGAAGAAGGUACUUCGAUUCACUGGCAUGGCUUCUUACAGAAAGGCACUCCUUGGGAAGAUGGUGUGCCUGGUGUAACACAAUGUCCUAUUACUCCUGGAAAGUCUUUCACCUAUCAGUUCCGUGCCUCACUAUAUGGCACAUCUUGGUACCAUGCCCACUAUUCGGCACAGUAUGCUGGAGGUGUUGUUGGCCCCAUUGUGGUAUAUGGACCUAAGCAUAAGGCGUAUGACAUCGACGUAGGCCCAAUUAUGCUAAGCGGUGAGUUAGCCAGGACCUACAGAAUACAUCCAAAGCUGAUCUUAGCCUUCCAUUUAGAUUGGUAUCACAAUGAUUACUUCACCAUCCUGAAGACCUUGCUUUCUCCUGGUGGAGACCCCAGGGUGUUCUCAGACAACAACCUGAUCAAUGGCAAGAUGAACUUCGAUUGCUCCAAGAAGGAUGCGGGAGACAAGACCAAGUGUACCAACGGCGCCGGCAUCUCCAAGUUCAAAUUCAAGACAGGCAAGACUCACCGGCUUCGCCUAAUCAAUUCCGGCGCUGAAGGCGUACAACGUUUUUCUGUAGAUGAGCACACCAUGACUGUCAUCGCUAACGACUUCAUCCCCAUCGAGCCGUAUGACACCAAGGUUGUCACCCUGGGUGUAGGUCAACGCGUAGACGUGCUUGUCAAGGCUGAUGUUGGGAAGCCGAAGAAUGCAUACUGGAUACGCUCGAAUUUGACAAGUUGCUCACCAGCGAAACAACCCUUUGCAGUUGCUGCAGUCUACUACGAUCAAGCUGAUACGAACAAGGCGCCUGCCAGCAAGCCCUGGGAUGUACCUGACCCCGGAACGUGUGCCAACGAUAACCUCUCGCUUACCCACCCGCUUUACAAAAUGCCCGUACCAGAGCCAUCGUUCACCCAUGAUGUGCCUGUCGAGCUGUUCCUGAACGAGUCAAAAAUUUGGCUUUGGAAACUUGACAAUGUCAGCUUCAGGGGUGAUUACGGCGCGCCGCCGUUGUUGCUCGCAAAUCAGGGCAAUACCAGUUUCCCAAAGAUCUGGAAUGUUAGAAAUACGUAUACCAACUCUUCUGUACGGAUGAUUGUUCAGAAUAAUUCACCAGCACCUCAUCCCAUGCACAUGCACGGUGCCAAUAUGUACGUUCUACAUGAAGGAGCUGGCGCUUGGGAUGGCACAUCCAUUGUCAACGCAUCGAAUCCAAUGCGCCGCGACGUCCAAAUGGUCCGCCCGGGAGGCCAUGUUGUCCUCCAGGUGGACACAGACAACCCGGGAGUCUGGCCCUUCCACUGCCAUGUCGCGUGGCACGCCUCAUCCGGUUUCUUCAUGCAGCUCGUUGUGCAGCCUGAGAAGAUCAAGAAGUUCCAAAUUCCCAACACAGUUGCACAGACUUGCAGAGACUGGUCGGAAUGGACGAAGACAAACAUUCCGGAACAAAUCGACAGUGGCCCAUGA